GAAGCGAGGCAGGACACGUGACGGGACGCGCCCCUUCCACCUCUCGCCCACGCCUGUCGCGUAUGGAAAGCAAAGUGGGCGAGCACGAGAAAUGCCGCGCGGCGACGCCGGAAGCGGCCGCGAGUGGCGCGACAAACGCGUCGCUUCUCGAUAGACUGAAAACUUUGAGGCUGCACCGUCCGCAGCGCACCCGUAGCCUGAAAAGACUCCUGGAGCUCCUGAAAGUUCCUGGGAACGGCGAAUGUGCGGACUGCGGAAAGAAAGAUCCCGAAUGGGCGUCCUACAACCUCGGCGUGUUCCUCUGCACGGAGUGUGCCGGCAUCCACCGGAGCUUGGGAUCCCAUGUGAGCCGGGUGCGCUCGCUGCGGCUCGACAAGUGGGACGACGCACAGGUCGAUGAACUCGCGGCCGUGGGCAACAUUGUUGCCAAGGCAAAGUACGAAGCCAAUGUUCCGGCCUGCUAUCGCCGGCCGCUUGCAGACGACGUUGGCGUUGUCAAGGAGCAGUGGGUGAGGGCCAAGUACGAGCGGGAGGAGUUCGUGCACCCGGACCGGCAGGUGUACCAGGAGGGCCGACUGGAAGGCUGGCUGAACAAGCAGGGGAAAGAGGACGGCCGCUUUCACCCCCGACGGUUCGUGCUCAGCGAUGGGGUGCUCAAGUACUACGUCAAAGAAUCUCACAAGGAGCCCAAGGCAUCGAUUCCGGUGUCCGAGAUCAACGCCGUCUUCUGCCCCGAGAAGAUUGGCAACAAGCAUGGGCUUCAGCUGAGCUAUGUCAAGGAUGGCUCGACGCGGAACAUUUUUGUCUACAGCGAAGAUGGCAAGACAAUCGUGGACUGGUACAGCGCGCUGCGGGCGGCCAAGCUUCACCACCUUCAGGUGGCCUUCCCGGGCGCCAAGGAGUCCCAGCUGGUGCCGCACCUGACGCGCGACUUCCUCAGGGAGGGCUGGCUCUGGAAGUCUGGACCGAGGCCCGCCGACCAGCACCGACGCCGCUGGUUCACCCUGGACGACCGCAAGUGGAUGUACCACGAGGAUCCGCUGGAUGCCUACCCAAAAGGCGAGAUCUUCCUGGGCCACCGUAGCGAGGGAUACUCCGUCCAGACCGGCGUGCCGCACUCAUUCAAGGAGAUGCCCUUCGCCUUCACGGUGAACACGCCGCACCGGAAGUUCGUCAUGGGUGCCGAGAGCGACCGGGACCGCACCGAGUGGAUCACGGUGCUGCAGAAGGUGAUGGAGCGCCCUCUAACGCCGCAGGACACCAAUAUGGCGGCCAAACUCGUGAGGAAGCGGCCGUCUCUCUCCUCCUCUCUUCAAAUUCUCAAGGUCAGGUGACCUGCCCUCGGCGUCCAGGAUUCGUCACUCUCAGAGUCAAGCCAAAGGUUGUCGCACCCCAUCGCUGCCGCUGUCGUCAUCUUCGUCGUACCAAGCCGUCGUCCAAUGCGCAUUCACAGCUUCGGCUGGAAAGAAAAAAAAAAAGGAGACAGCCGUUGAAAUUCUACGUGGACUUGUCACGGCUGUCGCUCACUCGAGCUAGUCGAUCAGCACUUUUUCUCUUUUAUUACUACUCAUUUUUUUACUGGUAGUGCUAACUUCUCCGCAGCGGGACUGCGUUGUUACUAGCAACGAGUUACUCUUUUCCUUUUUUCUUUAUUUUAAAUAAAAAGCAGUGAGGUGAGAGGCUGAAUGUUUAGCGAACAGGCCAAAAAUUGAGCAGUCGUUUCGGGUUUCAGAAGUUGGUGAUUGUCCAGGAAAUCUUUUAGCAUACCCUCAUCACCUCUAUGGUGAUUGGCCUUUAUUACCUGCGCAGUUAACAUUGACGACCAACCCCAAGAUUGUGCUUGUUCACUUUAAUGCAGUAUGACCAUAGCCUAUACAUAUUGCACUAUCCUCUAGGUAUAUAUAUAUCAAAGUCUUAAUAUAAUCAACAAGAUUACUUUGAAUACUUUUAUAACCUUGAACGCGUUUUAUUGUUUACUGAUAGGAAAAACUGUUAUCCAUCCGACAGUAGUACAAAGAUACAUAGGAAACCCAACACGGGUUUCUUGGGGAAAAAAAAAAACUUUGCAGUUCAGGAAAUAUUUGUACUGGUCCGGAGAUGGAACACAGGGCCAAUGCCUUUCCAGGGCAGUUAACCUACCAUCUGAGCUAGCCAGAUCUCGGGGUGAGACCUUCCUCCAUAUUGCGGAUUUUCGUAGAACUGAUUCCUCACUUUCAGUCUCCCUGUGCCUUGAGCUGUCAGUUAACCCCAUAUAGCCGUCACCGGAGAUUGUGCCAACAUAGCCGAUGAUGGAUAGAUACAUGAUGAGGAAACAUACCUCGCAGUGUGAACCUGUGAUGGUUAUAUCCGUCAGGUUGCUUCUAGUUGCAGUUUUCGACACUAGGUGGCGGUGCUGGUCAAUGUUGCUGGCAUUUUGUGUAGUUUUUUUUUUCUCUAUUAUUUGCUGCUUGAACGCUUGCAUUUGGGAACCCAUCUGGCUGCAAGCCGCACUUCUGAGAAGUUUCGGGGAAAUUUUGUAAAAUUUGCGUCAUUUCCCACGGUACAGAAGGGGUUAAUUCGGCCUCAGCUUUGCGAUCUGCUAGCUUCAUAGCUAGCUCAGAUGGUAGAGCAAUCGCCACAGGAAAGGCGGUCCUGAGUUCGUUGCCCAGACUAGGACAGAUUUUCUUCAACUGCGAAACUGUCCUCGUGAGAAACCCGUAGGCGUUUCAUUUGUAGGCUUCAAGCCACUCUCGGAAGGAUGACAGUGUCUUGCUUGCGCGACACUUUCUCCGCAUUGCGGAUUCCCGCAGAACUGAUUUGCCAUAUUUCUUGUUUACUGUGUGCCCAGCUUUGGGAAAGUACUUUUUCGGUGUCAUUUAUUUUUGUUUCUUAAUACGUUACUUUUAAAUUUGCAUUUAGUAUUUUCCCUUUGCCAUCUGUCCGAGUGAACAGAUGCAUUAGCAGGCCCUUUUGGAUGACGUUGCUCACUUUGUUUAGUUCUGAAAUGUUUUUAAUACUAGGACAGUUAUCGUUAUUGUCUUUUGUUCUUCGGUGGCCUACGGUGAGUGUCACGUGAAUACUUUUUUUUUUUUCCCCUUGCCAAAGGUGUAGGGAUUGAAGGCGGUGGCUACGCUUACGAUGUUUCACUUCAGAAGUUGUAGAUAUUUUAUUUCUAGAGAGAGUCUACGAGGUGGGAUUAAGAAUUUGCCGAGACCUACAGCAAGGUCUGCAGAAUGACAAUGGUGCUCUUGUUGCUGAUGCCAUUCCGAGAUGAUUGUGCGCACCCAAAAGUGUGAUACUCCUUUCUAUGUAUGUGAAAUUUCUUGCAAAACGUCACGCUGUGCGAAAAUAUAAAGUGAGGCUAUAGUUCUCUUUUGAUAUACUCUUUUUUUUUUUCCGAGCCUUAAAUGUGGUUACAGCAUAGGCAUGGUGUGCCACUGUCCCAUUCUUGUACAUGCAGCUGCUAGGGGAGCACCUGUGUGUGUUUACGUUUUUGCUUUGCAGGAUCAAAACAUGUACGCUCGAUUUGUAAUAGUUCAGCCUUAGACAGUUAUCUCGGUCCCAAAGCUGUCAUUUUAUGGUGACUGUUUACACGUAUAUUCUUGUUCCAAAGUACAAAGCUAAGUUGUUGUGGCAGACAGAUCUUUUUCUUCUGUGUGUGUUUUGCAAACCGUAGCAUGCAAAUCCUGUAGUUGGGAAAGGGUGCGCAUAUAUUAAUAGAUCUUGUUGGAGUUCGUGAAAUCGCAAGAGGUCACCUCUUUCGAGUUGGUUAUUUCAUUUGCUAUCAAAGAACUAGCAUUUUCAACACUGAUUAGGUGAGUAUUGCUCCAUUCCAUCAAGCAGUACACCAGCGGAUACUGCAUUCACGUUAGUCCCUGCUCGCAUGUAAGCCCUUAUUAGAGCCAGGGUGAGCAAACCAUACAAAACAGCAAAUGUUUUGUUGUAGUUAUAAACAAAAUGUUUUCUGAAAACUUUCGGCUAUGCAAAUGUGUAAUAAUACUUCAUUGUAUGAACACCAAGACAAUCUGGUGGUGCAAGUGUCUGUACAUAUAUGCAGCUAUCAAGUUCUUAUUUGUAUUGAUGCAAGUUGCUGAUAAGCACGAGCAUGAUAAUCUUUAAGCUGCUGUCAAAUUCGGGUGGUAUUGCGUGGAAGCUUAAUGUGACUAAAAGAAUAACUUUAAUUGACCUCAAAGAGCUUGUUCACUGUCUGUAAUAACAAUCUCAAAGAACUCGGAACACUUAUUUGAACUAUGCCACCAAUACUUGAUCUCAAAGCCAGUACUCAUAUGAGCUUGUACAUUGUGUUGCAAUUUGUUUUUACGCAGUCUCAUUAUUUCAAAGAGCGAUACUACAGUAUGACUACAUUUAUGUCACUCGAUAUGUUUUGCAGUCUCCUGUCAUGCACUGUAGAACUAGCCUGUCUCAUCUGUCUAUCUAUAUACUCAAGAAACACAAGAACGCUUUAAAUGUCGGCUAAUCCAGUGACUGAUUACAUUAUAAAGGUUAACUUAAUCAAUGACAACCACAGAAUUAAGUAAAAUUUUGGGAAAACCUGGAGGUUAUGACAUUUUAAAGUAGCUCAUCCUGAUGAAAGGAAGGAGAUGCUUCUCUUAUUCUUUUAUCGUAAUACACAAAAACUAGAGCAGCGUCAAGACUAUACAACAGCAGAUUACGUAAAGUUAUCUUGUGAUCUUUGACAGAAGCGUAAUUUCGAUUGAGGCUGAUACUUCCUUCAGUAAGAUUCUGGAGAGAAAAAAAAAAUCGGGAGGGGGGGUGCAACAAUACAUUGACAUCAAUAAUCUUCAACUAUGUACCAUUAUAAUGAAAACAGACGCCAAAAUUAUACCAAGUUAUAAACGUGUUGCAGUAUCUCGAAGUAGACCAUUUAAACUUGGCUACGUUCCCUUAGAUAUUUCGCGGAUGAUGUAUUUGAGUAAGUGAUGUAAGAACAGUACAAAAAAAAGUUCAUUUUCUCACGUCACUUCAGUCUGGUUUUAAAUUCUUUUAAGGCGUGUAUCUGUAAGAUUUUAAGAUGUUCUCCUCUUUUAUGGCUCUGCAGAUAUGUGAAUGCAGUGCCUGCAGGCUUUCAAUUUUAUGACUUUUUGGCAGUUUAUGUCAAGCGAGCAGAAGGCCUCCAGUCAAAGUUACUUUUCUUUUGUUAGUUGUAUUUUAAUAGUCCUUGAAGCGCAGCAGGAUUUUUCCUGAAAAGUUGUACAGCUGUAGCGAGAGCCAUCUUUAUUGCAAUUUUAUGGGAAAAAGAAACGUGUUUUUUUAAUCAUUUUAUGCAGGCGUGUUUGACAAAGAAAAGAAAAAACGGGGUUUGUUCAAGAUGUCAUUUGUUGGCCCGAUUGCUGUGUACAAUAUGCCAGGCACUUUGUAAUGAUUUGAGGUCGUUGCACUUCUCCUGAAGGGCAACAUUCAUCUCUAAGCAGUUGCUGACCAUGUGCCCGAUCAAACAAUCAUGUCCGACCUUAAGAAACUGCUUUAAAAGUCCUCGAAAAGCCAGUCAUGCAAGGAAUAGUUACCUUUCAUUCCACGAUGCCUUCAGACUACCUACACUGCGUCAGAUGUAAAAGAUCGCUAGACUCCGAAAUGGUGUCGCUUAAAAAAAAAUAGCAUACCAAGACACUUUCACUACUACUACAAGCACAGAAACGUCACAGUUAACUAAAACAGGGUUUAUUGCAAAGAGAUCUCGACGUAUCGCUUCGCGAGCAUUACCCAUGUAUGCAGCUAGAGAACACAAGGCCCCACAUAUUAUGCCUCUGCAAUUUAGCCCUGUAAAUUCGCAUUGACUGUCUAUGUGAUGCAUCAGAAAGAAACAGUCGUGAUGAACACAUUGAGUACAUAAGGUUGGUCCAUGGCUCGUGCGAUGCAAGAUAAAAGGUUGAUUUAGACCCGUGGGACUCGAUCUUUCCAUUUCCUCUAUCGUAUUGUCAUGUCUUGUUAACUUGUCAUAAACUCUUUUACAGAUACAGUGCUUAGCCUUUUUCAGACGCCCUGCGUAGAAGCUGCCAUAUCAUGUAGCUAAUUAUUAGCUUGCUAUGCAAGCCUUGAAGCACAGUUCACUGCUUCAGUGAGUGUCCUUAAGAAGUACCUUAGCCCGCUAGAAGCUGCCUAGAGAUGCAUAGACGUACUGCUACUAUACAUGUGUACUUAUAGAGUCUAUCAGAAGAUGUACCACUAGAAGCACAUGUCUUAAAGGACCAGUUACGAGUAGUUGCUAUAUUGCACCAGAGUGUGUUAGUGAAGUGUAAAGUGCUAUUUUGUAGAUGCUGCUUGCUACAAGCAAGUUCACAUAUCUUUUAACGUUGCAAAACGACCCGGUGCGCUCCUAAGAAUUGGGCGUCGAAGGCCAACUGCUGCGAAAUUUUGGCACUUCAUAAAAAAACUGUUUCUGGCAAUGUAGCUGAAACAAAGCCUUCCCGCAAAAUUUGACUUUUGAAAUAGGAUUGGACGCUUUAUGAAAACCCAGCAAAUUUUUUUAUAACGGCACUGAAGAAUAUGCCGUCAUUACCACUCGCCAGAAAGGACGCAGAACCCACAAUGCUGAUAAACAGUUAUGGCGCAUGGGGCUCCAAGACUUGGUGGUGUUUGCGGUGCGGCAUGAAUCUAGAAGGCAUAGGUGCCGGGACUUGCGUCUUCAUCAGCUAACUGCCAGAUGCCCGCACAUUGCUCACGGGCUGUUUAAAAAGGUAGUGAAUAAGAAAACUAAGCAGUUUUCAGCCCUGAAGCCUUUGCCAAGGUUGCUUCAGUAGCAUGCACAAUGUUUUAAUAACCAAUUAAACCAAACUGAAGUUUCGGUGCAGUUGCCCUUUGAGCGACCCAUAGUAUCCGCCACCAGUAACAUGAAGGCUUGUUUUACACUCCGGCACGUUCAGUACCUGCAGUUAAGCAGUCAAGCAGCCAAGCCAAUGGCUUCGCCACAGGCAUCAGAAAUGUCUCAUUCAGCCACAAACUCUAGGGUUCGGUGCUUCAUGGAGCACCGAAUGCAUGCUGGCGCCGAUAUAGAAUUAUCCCUGUUUCAGCAUCGGCUGUGGUGACUGUCGGGUGCAGUUGGUCAUCAUGCACCGACAACCAAGGUUGUUACAAUGCCAAUGCACAUUUUAUUAUUAUUAUCUUUGUUCGAGGAGAUAAUGAUAUUACAAAAAGGUGCCGGGUUCAAACCCCAUUGCUGGGAACCCACCAGGAUAACGGGUACAUGUGAUCCUUGGCUAGGCACCCAGUUGUCGCAAGGGUAUCACUGCUUGUGGGAAGCUCCCGCCGUUGAUGCAGUUUGUGGCUCUGUGCUGCAGUGGCUGGGCAGAUGCAUAGCCCACCUAUGCGCAUUGCUAGGGCAGUGUUCUUUGUCAUUCACUUUCAGAGAAAUACAAAUCACUCUUGUGAGAUUGUGCUUAGCAAUGUGCCAGGAGUGGUGUCGAGUCACACGAAAUCUUGUGAGAGUCAUUGUAUCACCCAAAGUGAUUGACCAAAAAUACCACCCCUUGUCGCGCAUGUGCAUCAGCUAGUCUUACUGUGUCCACUGCCACUCGAUGCGUUGGAAUGUAAACGAGCCUUAAGCAAGUCUAGGAUGAGAGUGUCAUCGACGGCCUUAUAGUGUGUUACGUGACAUUUCUGUAAUGUAGAAAUGAUUCCCUGCUUUGUACAAGUUGAAUAAUUUCGCCAACAUUGCCAUGUAGUAGUCUUCUGUUGGCGUUGGAUUGUCUCGACGAUGAUUUGCAUUUUUUUUGCGGUCUGCUUGUAAAUCCAUCGGGUUAACAGACCUUUUAUUAUAAAUUAUAUGUGAUUUGGUGUUGAACAGUUUUUUUUAUGAUUCUGCUAAAUGUUUCGUGCUGUGUUGAAAACCUUGAAUUAUUUGGAAGAGGUGAUAAGCGUCACUCUUCCAGCAAUAAAAACUUCAAACUUUCCAUCAAA